UGACAACGAAAUUGAACUAAUACAAUCUGUUUAUUCAUUCAUCGAAAAAAAAAAAAAAACAAGAAUUUUGAUAAAACCUCUUGUCUUCUUCUUCAACGAUGGGUGCUCAGCUUUCGAAACAAGUCGAACGGAGAAAAGCGAUCUCGGCGGAGAAGAAAGUCCUUGCAGACCUUCAACAGAAUGGAGGAUGCGAUUUUCCCGGGUCGGACUACCACCCGCCCGACCGAGCAAACUGGAUGUCCGGUCUCAACCCGGACAACAUCCGGAUCCACCAGAUUGUCUGGCCGGGCACACACGAUUCCGCCACCAAUGAUAUCGGAAUCCCGCUCGUGACCCGGCCCUUCGCCCAAUGCCAGUCACUAUCAAUCUACGGGCAGCUCAAAACGGGCGCCCGGGUCCUCGAUAUCCGGGUCCAGGAGGACCGCCGGGUCUGCCACGGCAUCAUACUCAGCCACAGCGUCGACGUCGUCAUCAGUGACGUCAGGAAAUUCAUCCAGGAGACCCAGUCGGAGAUCGUGGUUCUAGAAAUCCGAACCGAGUUCGGGCACGACGACCCGCCCGAUUUCGACCAGUACUUGGUGGAUCAGCUCGGCGAGUUUCUGAUCCACCACGACGAACAGGUGUUCAACAAAACGAUCUCCGAACUACUGCCGAAGCGGGUGAUCUGCGUUUGGAAGCCGAGGAAAUCGGCCCAGCCGAAACCGGGCGGCCCGCUUUGGAGUUCGGGUUACUUGAAGGACAACUGGAUCGACACUGAUUUGCCGUCGACGAAAUUCGAGAGCAAUCUCAAGUUCUUGGGGGAACAAUCGCCGGCGGCGAACCGGAAGUACUUUUACCGGGUCGAGAAUACGGUCACGCCUCAGGCGGAUAACCCGGUUCUGUGCGUGAAGCCGGUGACGGAUCGGAUCCGUGGGUAUGCGAGGAUGUUCAUAUGUCAGAGCUUUGCGCGAGGGUUUGCAGACAGGUUGCAGAUAUUUUCGACGGAUUUUAUCGAUGAGGAUUUUGUUGAUGCAUGCGUUGGUUUGACGAGCGCUAGGGUUGAAGGGAAAGCUUGAAUUCAUCUCAUUCUCUCAUGCAUAACGGGUCGGACUCGGGUCCAUUUACGGGUUUGAAUACGUAUUAAUUUAUUUGUGAUUCUUUUUUCUUUUCUUUUUUUCUUUUAAUUUGUUGUCAAUAUUAUUGGAAUAUAAUGUAUAAUUUGUGAAAAGAGGCAUUACUUGUGUAAUAAAUAAUAAAUUAUACAUAAUAUUCAAGUUCUUAUUUAACCUAA